AUGUCACUUUCAAGAUCUUCAUCAUUAUCCCGAUCAUCCCCAUCCCCCAAAACAUCAAUCAUCAUAUCCAAUUUUGCCAAGGAAGACUUUGUCAAACCAGAACCAGACUCAACAAAGCCAAAAUUAGUUUCCAAAGCCUUAUCGCUAGUCGAUCAAAUCAAGUUAUCAGUGUUGAAUAAAGAUGACAAGAUAUUGAACCAUAUUACAUACUGGUCAGUUUUACCAUUCUUGAAUCGUAUAAUAAUCAUAUUCAAUAAUGAGCAAAUCGCCAGUCAAACAUUGAGCUACUUACGAGAAGUAUUGAAACCAUACGACUAUCUCAAAUUAUCAUUACAGGAGAAUUUAUUACAACGGUCAAAAUCACAAGAUCAAAUACAGGAAAUGAAUUCAUCCAAUUCCAAUUUGAAUGUGACUAAAAGCUUAGCAAAUUUCAGAACGUUCCAUAACGAUCCAAAUAAUGACUCAGACUUACUGGAAUAUGUUGAACCUGCCCCAGCUCAAUUCAAUGUCUUGUCAGAUUUAUCGAAAUUAGGAAUAGAUUUAAGAGAUUACAACAGCGAUGAACAAUUGAAUGAAUUGAAAGAAGACGAACUGGAGCAACAACAGCAGGUGCAAGAAAGGAGAUCAAAAAGUCCCGGAUCAUUAUCACCAAUGGCAUCACCAAAACAAGAUGAUUUUGUUCUGCUGCUGUCGGCGCAACUGCUGCCUGUAUUAAGAAGAAGAUCAACAAAGACUUUAUUUAGACCUAGUUUGAAGGUAAAAACAGGUGAUGAUAGUAACAAGACUGAGAAUCAUGGGGUGUUGCAAUCACCAGCACAAAUCAAACUGGAUGGGUAUCCUCAAUCACCAACGAUUACAUUGGAUGAAACGUUUUAA